UCCUUCCAUUGUGAGGUAAAUCACGGAGAUUUUGCCCAACAAGCGCUUGUCUCUUGUCGGUCAUGCUCUAUAUAGCUAGGCCAUUGGUCCCUCUCCUCCAUGUAGCCAGGUAGAGGCAGUCCGGCAGGGAAGCAAGCCAAGAACAAUAGUAUGAGUAUUACUGCGAUAAAAUCACUAGCUUCUACUUCCAAAUGCGAGGGAAUGGGGGAGCUGAGGAGGGGGCCUUGGACUCUAGAGGAGGACACCCUCCUCGUCCACUGCGUCGCCUGCCAUGGCGAAGGCCGCUGGAAUCUCCUAGCCAGGUCCGCCGGCCUGAAGAGAACAGGGAAGAGCUGCCGGCUGAGGUGGUUGAACUACUUGAAGCCUGAUAUAAAGCGAGGCAACCUCUCUCUCGAGGAACAGCUCCUCAUCCUCGACCUCCACUCCAAAUGGGGAAACAGAUGGUCGAGAAUCGCACAGCAUCUACCGGGGAGAACCGACAACGAGAUCAAGAACUACUGCAGGACGCGCGUGCAGCGGCAGCUCAAGGCGGAAGCCCACAGCGCGCUGCUCCGCGAAGCCGUGCGCAGCUGCUGGGCACAAAACUUCUCCAGUAUUCCGCCCCCGCACAUGUUUGACGAAAUGCCGCCUUGGGCCUCUGACGAGCUCCGUGGCGUCACCAGCUUCGUUGACCGAUUUGCGAUCUCUAGUGGAGGAGGCCAUUGCUCCGUGAACAAUGCUUACGAAGUAGACCCAUGGAAUUUAGCACCCACAUCUGUAUUAACGCCCACCUGCUUCGCCUCAGAGCACACUAGUUGCAGCAACAACGACGUUACUGAACAUAGCUCGUGGAGCAUGGAUGAGUCAUCUGAUAUGCUAAAAAGCUACAUGAGCGGAGCAGAAUCUGAAGUUCCUUUUGGUGAUGAUAAUUAACAAUUGUGUCUGUAGUAUACUGCUUUUUAUCAACGUGUUUUUGUUCGAUCAGUAACCUUAUCAAUUAGCUCUCCAACUUCUCAACCAAAGAUGCAAUUGUAUGGAUGGUCACUUCAAUUUGAAUCUAGUUGAGAUGUAUUAUUGUUUA